AUGUUCGCUAACUGCAUGUCUAGUGUUCGGGACCAAAAUGAGCCUAAAGCCGAAUCCGCGCAGGGAGUUGAGUCCAAAAUACCUUUUCGAAACGAGCCGAUAAUCGCAAUGAAAAGGAAAAGACGCGUCAUGAUUCCAAUUCCCCCAUCAAUGAGAUCGUUGCCGCGAAGCUUCCUUACCCUCCCCGGAGCCUUCUUCUGUCUCGCUGACCUUCACGGUAGACAAUUUAACAGCCAACGUCUUCCAAAGACUUUUCUGCAAGUCACACUCACGUGGACUGGUGCCAUGGGUGGCCUGUGCAGACGCAAUGACCAAGUUGGGGUUCUCUGUAAUCCCAAGAUGUGGGUCUGCUUACACGUUUUGCCCGCCAGCCCUGGAGAUAGUAUGACAGCAAAGAGGCCCUUGACCCUCCACCAGCCACACGGGCCAAAUAUCGAACGUUACCAAGUGCUAACGAUGGCCCGGCAAUUGAGGACUUCUUAUAGAUGGGGUGAAGACACAUUUCGGAUUGAAUGA